GCUUUUUUCAGUUGUUGUUUUACUUGCCUGUCUGAAAACAUAAUCGAACGCUGCUUUGCAACCAUGAGGUUUGGGGCUACAGUUUUACUAUUUGUCUGCUUCUCUGCUUGUGUUGCCGCUCUUCCGAGGAAUCAACAUGUUGUUAACAGGCGCGCUGUUCCUCCACCACCGACGCGUCAAACCGAUGUCACAAGCACCUGGCCUUACGGAUUUAUGGAAUUUGCCUCCCUGUGGGCCAAAUGUCGCGAAUGGGAGCUCUUUACUACAACUGAUCCUAGCACAGCCACGGAGGAAGCAAAUCGAUCGGACAUGGGAACGCUAGGAAUUGCUUGCACUGAUCUGUUCGAUUCGAUGAAAGACAUGAAGACGGACCUUAGCCCAGAGGAGGAGGCGGCCGCCAUGGCACAGUUUAAUGACAAUUUCCCACUAUUUCAGUGUACAAAUCUUCAGAUUUAUCGUGAAGAAACCAUGGCUUUCCUAGAGCAUGACACUAACGCAUACAACGAUGAUCCAUUUCUUUCAAUGACUGUCCGCCUAGCUGAAAUGUGCUACUCCGUAUUCAAGGCGUACGAUGAUCAGGGAAAUCGUCCCGAGAAGCGUUUUUGGCCUUGGUGGACCUUUUUCCUCGGCUGAAGUCUCUACACUGCGCAGUGGGUAGUCACAUCGUUAGCGAAGUUUACAACAAUGGCUCUUCUACGCCCUGUGGGAGUUGAAAACAAUGACUAUUAUCUUUAUGAACUUUUUUAACAGUUUCUAUCGAUAUGUGGUACAUAUAUUAUUGAAUACCUUUUUUGAGCUUUGUUAACAGUUGUUACAGUUUCUAUCGAUAUUUAUUACAGAUAGUAAUUAUCUUUAUAACCGGUUGAUGGUUUCGAUCGAUGUGUGUUGAAAAGACAGCAAAACAAAUAAUAAUUAUCAAAACACUUA